UUUGAUACUAUUUUAGCCAAAGAAACUGUUUAGGGAUGGAUCUAUUCAUCGCUCAGUGGGGGCAAUUUCCCCCACUGUUUCUCUUUUCUUUUUACUAUGUACCAUUGAUUUUUCCCUUUUUUUAAUAUAUACCCCUAAAAUUUUAGAGUUGCCCCCACUGAAAUUAUAGAAAAAUCCUACAAUUGCCCCCCUCCCCAACAUUUUUUAUAUGGUUGUUGUUAAAGACCCCAGUCACAUAGUUUUCUAGGUCCGUCCAUGCAAAUCUAUGGUUGAAAUGUUGUGUUCACUGGAUUCCGACUCUAUUUCCACCCUCUAUUUCACUCAUCUAUUGACCUCAAAACUAGUUCAAAGUAUUAUGUUAUGAAUUUAGUUCAUAAAACACAUCCAAGAAUCCAAAAGUUGGAUCGAAUCGUCAGGUAAAUUAGUCAAAAUGUAUGCCUAAAAACCAUAGGUCGGCCAUGGUUUGCAACUAUGUGUUCUCCUUUUUGUUUUUCUUUUCCUUCUUCAUCUGUUCAUUAUCUUUAAAUGUCUUGCACGACAUUCAAAUAACCAGUACUUAAUCUAAAUGUUUGUGUAUAUAUAAAUUCAUAUAAAAUAUUAUUUUCAAGUGUUUUUUUUGAAGCAAAUUCUAGUCCUAUUGUACACCAUUUUCAAAAUUUAACUACAAAUCAACAGUGUCUUUCCAUUGAGGUUUUAGGGUUCCAACAGCAUGCAUAUAUAUAAUUUCAUUAUAAUAUUAAAUUAAAAAUCUAAUCUAAUAAACUUAAGAAAACAUCAAGACUGUCAUACACCAACAAAAUUCGCAGUAAACGUACUCCUAACCCAUGCAUGCUUUUGACAAUUGUGUGGUAAAUAAUACAUCUAAAAUAUUAUUUGUUAAUUCAUGCAGAUUGCAUUUGCUUAAAGUAUAAACUAAUUUUGUGAAGAAAACUGAUUUUUAUUUCUUAUCUUGUAAGCAAUGGCAAAUGAAGCUUCACAAAGUCUAAGCCUAAAGGUCCUGGUGGAUGAGGAGAAGAAUCGAGUUGUUUUUGCCGAAUCCGAUAACGAUUUUGUUGAUGUUCUCUUCAGCUUCAUGACUAUGCCAGUUGGAAACAUUAUUAGACUCACCCACGAACAAGCAUCGAAAUGGGAGAGUGGUUGCCUGAACAACUUAUAUGAAAGUAUUGAGAAUCUUGAAGUUAAACAUCUGCAAAGUGUGCAGUGCAAGGACAUGCUGCUACAUCCUCGUAGUGCUGCUGAAAUUUACUGCAGAAACCUUAAACUAGAUUUUGUUAAUUGUACUACAAAUGGGUACUAUGCCUGCGGGGCACUCAAAUGCACGUUUCAUCCUUACCAAACUGCUUGUUGCCGUUGUGGAAGAUGCAUUAAUGAUCAAAUGGUGAAGCUGGGGAAUCCUCUCUCUGUUCCUCCAGUUGGAGGAAUUUUUGUGAAACCCACCUCACGCUUCAUGAUAACGGAUGACUUUCAAGUACUGCCCUUGUCCACUAUGACUUGCUUGACCUUGCUGACGGAGCUUGGAGCUGAGGAUGGAACCACAAUAAAAGAGAGGUGUAUAAACUUAGGGAAGGAUGAGGUUCUGAAGUUGAUCAAUUGUUCAUUAACAUCUAUGGCACCUUUUUCUGAGACUGUUUUCAAAUCGCCAAUCAUUAGUAAAACAAGUUCUGCAAUUCGCCGUGGAGAAUGUAGUCCAAGAAGCACAAAUCAAUCUGAAAGAGCGAUGAAAAGUACAAAAAGAGACGCCAAGAUAACUUUGAAGCUUAUAAUCAACAAGUCUACCAAUAGGGCAUUGUAUGUUGAAGCUAGGGAAGAUUUUGUUGAUCUGAUCAGCAGUUUUCUCACCAUUCCACUUGGUUAUGUCUUUAAAGAAUUUCCAUGUCUGUCAUUGAGGGGAUGCUUGGCUAACGUACACAAGAGCAUACAGGAUCUUGAUGUUGAAUUCUUGAAAUCUGAAGAGAUGAAGGCAACUUUAGUCAAUCCAAAGCUGGCCCCUGGAUUAGGUUACAAUAAGCGGCAGUUCAUUCCCAUCGAGGAAGCUUUAGAUCCGUCGUGGUCAACUGUUUCUUCCCUUUUCAGAAUGGAUUAUUAUUAUCAUCCAGGAGUAGCUAUAACUGGCGAGAGAUUCAUGAAAGGACCGUCCAUGUUCAUGGUGACAGACAAUUUGACCAUAACACCUUUAUCUCCAAUAUCAGGCUUCUCUCUUAUUAACAAAUUGAACAUACCAAUCAGGGACAUUGUAGAACAAGAAGUAACCAUUGGUGAGGAGGAGGCUUUGCGUCUAUUAGAAGCUGCUUUGGUAUCAAAAUGUGUUCUGACUGAUGCUUUCAUACUAAAGGAGGCAAAAGAAGAACAAUGAGUGGCGUCCAAUGCCCUAAAUUUAGUGAUGAUCUUGGGAGAGCACGAGAUGUCUAGAUUUUACAGCACAAAAACAAGAGACUGCAUCAAUAAGUUUAUGUUAUUUGGUUGGGUAGGUAAUUUUACAUUGAAUUUCAGAUAAAAAUUCACCUUUUUUUUUUUUUUUUUUCAGUUGUAUUAUUUUCUUAUGUUCAAAGCAAGAGGUAUUUUUGCUUUUAUGUUACAUUUUGGACUUCUGAAGCUACAAGUCUCGUGACAGAACUUUUUUCUGGGCUCAUUUCUGUUUAAUGAUUAUAUAUGCUCUCCGUGUAAGUGGCUUUUGAGCUUUGAUCUAAUUUUGUUUUCAACUUGAUUGUU